UUUGUUACAAAAUCUUAGUAUAUGUUUUUUCUUUGAAAAGCACCUGCCUAUAUGUAUGUAUAUAUAUAUAGGAUAAUCUAAGUUGAAUAAGGCGUGGACGUCUACAAUUGUCCAAAACCAUCUCCUGUCGCUUCUUCCCUAGUUUUAGUCUCUCGAUUCUCAUUCUCUUCCGUAGUUUCUAUUCACCCAUUUAACGAAGCAAACUUUGAGUACUGCUGGUGUUUUUGGAGGUGAAAAUGACGAUCACAGCCACGCCGAGUGUCAAGGAGGGAUGUCUCGUGGUGAGGGGCAAGGUGGUGUCGACUGGGGUGCCAGAGAACGUUGUCGUUUCUCCGGUUGGCUCCGGGGCGGCUUUCAUCGGUGCAACCUCUACUACUCCAAGUUCACGUCAUGUUUUCAGCCUUGGUGUUCUUGAGGAAGGAUACAAGUUCUUGUCUCUCUUCAGAGUAAAAAUCUGGUGGAUGAUUCCAUGUUUUGGAAAAUCGGGUAGUGAAAUUCCCAUGGAAACGCAAAUGCUUCUUUUGGAAGCAAGACAAGAUUCUGUCUUGCUUGAUGAGACUUCUUCUGAUCCAAAUACUGAAAACACCUUCUACGUUCACUUCUUGCCUGUGUUGGAUGGACAAUUUAGGACAAGUUUGCAGGGGACUCCCGACAAUGAGCUCAAGUUUUGCAUUGAAAGUGGAGAUGUCAAUGUUCAAUCCUUCCAAUCACUGGAAGCAGUAUUCAUAAACUCUGGGGAUAACCCGUUUGAGCUCAUUAAGGAUUCUAUCAAGAUACUAGAGAAGCACAAAGGUACUUUUAGCCACAUUAAAAACAAGAAGAUACCAGCCCAUUUAGACUGGUUUGGAUGGUGCACUUGGGAUGCUUUCUACACUGAAGUAAAUCCACAAAGGAUCAAAGAGGGUCUUCAGAGUUUCAAGGAAGGAGGCUGUUCGCCCAAAUUUCUGAUAAUUGAUGAUGGAUGGCAAGAGACGGUAAAUGAGUUCCAGAAAGAAGGCGAACCACUUAUUGAAGGGAUACAGUUUGCAACCAGAUUGGUAGACAUCAAAGAAAACAAUAAGUUCAAGAGUUCAGGUUCAGAUAAUGCAUGCAUUGAUCUCCAUGAUUUUAUUGAUUCCAUCAAAGACAAAUAUGGGUUAAAAUUUGUUUACGUCUGGCAUGCUUUGGCUGGUUAUUGGGGUGGCCUGCUGCCAUCAUCAGAAACAAUGAAGAAGUACAACCCAAAGAUUGCCUAUCCAAUCCAGUCACCUGGUAACACAGGGAACCUUAGAGACAUCGUCAUGGAGAUCUUGGAAAAAUUUGGAGUUGGGAUUAUAGACCCUCAAAACAUUUUUGAGUUUUAUAACGAUCUCCACAGCUAUCUUGCAAGCUGUGGUGUGGAUGGAGUCAAGGUGGAUGUUCAGAAUUUGAUAGAAACAUUGGGUUCUGGGUACGGUGGACGUGUAUCAUUGACUAGACGCUAUCAAGAAGCACUUGAGCAAUCCAUUGCAAGGAACUUCAAGGACAAUAACCUGAUUUGCUCCAUGAGUCACAACUCAGACUCAAUCUACAGUUCAAAGAAGAGUGCGGUUGCAAGAGCAUCAGAGGAUUUCACGCCAAGAGAACCAACAUUUCAGACCUUACAUAUCGCCUCUGUGGCUUUUAAUAGUCUUCUUCUAGGGGAGAUUGUGGUUCCAGAUUGGGAUAUGUUCCAUAGCAAACAUGAUACGGCUGAAUUUCAUGCUGCAGCAAGAGCAUUAGGUGGGUGUGCGAUAUAUGUAAGUGACAAGCCUGGCAAUCAUGAUUUCAAAAUCCUCAGAAAGUUAGUAUUGCCUGAUGGGUCAAUCUUAAGAGCAAGAUAUGCAGGGCGGCCUACUCGAGACUGUUUAUUUGAAGACCCAGUGAUGGACGGAAAAAGUCUCUUGAAAAUAUGGAACUUGAAUAAGUUAUCUGGGGUCCUUGGUGUUUUUAAUUGCCAAGGAGCAGGAAGUUGGCCACUGAAAGAAGUAGUUCAAGGUAUGUCUAGUGCCACAUCUACAUGUUCCUUAAUCUCAUGUCAUGUGAGUCCCCAAGAUGUUGAAUUUCUUGAAGAGAUUGCGGAUGAAAGUUGGAAUGGAGAUUGCGCAAUAUAUGCCUUCAGUUCAGGAUCUCUUUCUAAAUUGCCAAAGAAAGGAACACUUGAAGUGUCCUUGAGAACUCUAACAUGUGAAAUAUACACCAUCUCCCCGAUCACAGUUUUCAGAAGUGAUCUUCUUUUCGCUCCAAUUGGAUUGGUUGACAUGUACAACUCAGGAGGGGCAAUAGAAGCCCUGAACUGCACUAGGGAUCUCCCAGGGUGCACAAUAAAAGUCAGAGGGCGAGGCUGUGGCCGGUUUGGAGCCUAUUCGAGCACCAAACCGAGACACUGUAUGGUAGAUAUGAAAGAAGAGGAAUUCACAUACAACGCUGAAGAUGGAUUAUUGACAGUUAAACUUCAAGGUGAAUGCAAAUUGAAGGACAUUGAAUUUGUCUAUUGAGGUGCGUGUCUUGAGGAAUUAUGCAGUAGACGAGGGAGUUAAUACUGUUGCACGGGAUCAACACGAUUUGGUUCAUGAGAAUUGUAAACAGGUUUACGUAGAAAGUAUCAUGUAAACAACUGGUUUACUUGAAUAUAACUUUGUAUGAUUAAUGAUAGCCCCUUUUUUGCUUUUCCCCCCCAAAAAAAAUUUAUCUUUGUCUGUCUGUAAGAACAUAUACUUUAAUUUGAAUCAAAUGUAUGUCCGUGUAUUUGUCUAAA